AUGGAGGACAAAGCAGACACCUUCGUACAAGAAAGGCUCGACUCGUUGCACGAGAUCGACUGCAAGAUUGUGUCGUUGCUCGAUGACGUGUCGAAUCUUUUCCAAACAUAUUCGGAAUCAAGAAGCGACCCUAAAGACGUCAAGGAGUUGUUUUCGAAACAAACCAAGAGCAUUUACGGAACAUUAAGCAAGGUUGCCAUCGACUUGAGAAAGGAGGUGAGGUUCAUGGACGAAAACAUAGGAGUCUACGAUAAAAAUAAUGAUAAUGUGAUGAUCUUGCCCAUCAGUGUUGAUCAAAAGAACACCAACUUGGGUAGAAAGAAAAUGGACGAGCAAUUGGGUCAAUUGGACAAGCUUCUCAAGAAUGACAACAACGAGGAAGCAGGAAAAGAUGAAUAA